UGCGAUGAUUGAAAGCCAUGGCUGGUGUAUGCAUGUCUCAUGCCUUAGCCACACACUGCUCAUCAACGUCGGAAUGUCACUCCUGAAGGAAGAAAGGAUAGCAGGCAGACCAGGCAAUUGAAUGAAAGCCCUUGUGCUGUCUCUUCGGCCACUCGCCUUAAGCACGUUGGGGCUGCAGUCUCUGUUGGCCACAACGGCUCUAUACCUUCCCUCUUCCCCCUCGGUCUCGGUCGGGAAGAAGGCCUUGCACACUGUCGCCUCUUGGAAGGCGCCUUUCUCCUUCUCCACCUCCAUGGUCACCAAUUUGCCGGACCUUCCACCCCUCUCCUUCUGUAUAUAUGGCAGGCACAUCAGUUGUCCGUGUCUGUGUUGUGUGUCCGACUUUCUCACCAUUGCAGCGCACAAGGCUUUGUGUUCGUCGGUCUCGCCCACUUGGCACAUCUUGCACUGGUGGAUGACGCAAGCAUUCGCAUCCCCCGACGUGCCCGGCUCCUUCGAGACACAGAAGUGGGCGGCGUCGGGGUCGGAAAAGUAGAACCAAGACGAGACUCCAGGCACCAGCGCCAGGAGGUGACCGCACGUGUGGACCUACAGAGAGCGGGGGGAGUUGAGGGAAGUCGGGAGACAGACGCCAUCUGCAUGUCUGUCUCUCCUGUUCAUACCCCUGCACACACGCACGGCUCCUGGCCUUCCUGACACAGCCCGCGGAAUCCCUCCAGGACGGCGUCAGGCCCCGCCUUGUCGAAGCCUUCUGGAGGCAGGAUGCACUGAGCCCCGGAUCCCCUGGGCAGCCGCCUGGUGGCUCGAUGACCUUACUCUUGCGCACAGUCCCCUCUCCGUCGACAGCUACCUUGCACGCUGUUGCAACAGACAGAGAUUUGCACCUUCUCUGCAAUGGAAUCACCUCGAAUCGCUCACGUUGAAGCCUUGUUGUCGCCCCGAGCCUCGAUGAAUGUGGUGACUGUCCUGGAGGGCGUCUCGCUCGCAUUGCCCUAGGUGUGUGGCCAUAAGUGUGUGUGAUUCUGAAGGCCGCCAUGACGUGGUGGGGAGAGAGGGCGAUGAGCUCAUGAUACGGCCCGCUUGAAUGAGUGGUGUUGAUGGACAUGACGGGGAAGGCGGCGCCCGGUAGGAGUGCACCGGGAAGCGAUGCCACUUCAGUGCAGAAGAUUGCGAUGAUGACAGCUGCCACCACAUUCGCAGCAGCAGCGCUGAGUCGCAUUUUGCCGAUAUUUGC